CACACGCUCUCGCACAUGCGCACACACAAUGACACACACACACACACAUAGACAGACAAACAUACUCACACGCACACACACACACACACGCUUCCUGCUUCUCUAGUGUAAUGUGCAGUUCAAAGUGCUGGAAGGGAUUUAAAGAGAAAAGCAUGAAAGAGAAGAUGGCUCAACCCGGCACAGGAGAGAGGACCCUGAAUCUUGGGGGGGGUGAGACAGAGGGGGGGGGAGGGAGAGAGAGACAAGAGGGAGGGGGAGAGAGAGGAAGGCAAGAUGUAUGCAGGGGGAGUUCUAACAGACUCCCCCAUCCCUCUCCGUAUCUCUCUCUCCCUCCCUCCCCCUCUCGCUCUCUCUCUCUCUCUCUCUCUCUCUGGCAGCGGCUGUGUUAGUGUUGCAGUGUUAGGGUGAGGGAGCGGAGUGAAGCUCUGUCACUGUGUCCGUGUCUCACUGAGGAGUACAGCUCUGUCACUCUGUCCAUGUUUGACUGAGGGGUACAGCGUCUGGAGAAACUGUGUUGCGUGCCGUGGGGUGGGGGCCUGAGACUGAGGUGACGAGCGUGGGGGGGGGCCAGUUUACGGACACGGGAACACUCUUCUCCUUCAUUUCACACUGGGACAGCUGGAGCAUCACCAGGAACACAAAGUUCUUUGUUUGGAUCAGACUACACACACGUGUACCUGCUCGUAUUUGACAGGUGUCCAGAGCAUCUUGUGUGUUUUUACGUGCUUUGCUUAGCUAUUGUAGACUUGUGUGUUUUUACGUGCUUUGCUUAGCUAUUGUAGACUUGUGUGUUUUUACGUGCUUUGCUUAGCUACUGUAGACUUGUGUGGUUUUACGUGUCCUGCUUAGCUACUGUAGACUUGUGUGUUUUUACGCGUCCUACUUAGCUACUGAAGACCUGUGAGGUUGUGCCUGGUGUUUCAGUCUCUAUUCAGUAUUUGUGGGUUUUUGUGCCAACAGUGUGUGUUCAGUGGGACUGACAAACUGGAUUAACGGUGAGAGUAGUCUGUUCUUGUGGGGACUGGUGGGAUUAAGCGUGAGACUAGUCUGUGCUUGUGGGGACUGGCGGGAUUAAGGGUGAGAGUAGUCUGUGCUUGUGGGGACUGGCGGGAUUAAGGGUGAGAGUAGUCUGUGUUUGUGGGGACUGGCGGGAUUAAGGGUGAGAGUAGUCUGUGUUUGUGGGGACUGGCGGGAUUAAGGGUGAGAGUAGUCUGUUCUUGUGGGAACUGGUGGGAUUAAGCGUGAGACUAGUCUGUGCUUGUGGGGACUGGUGGGAUUAAGGGUGAGAGUAGUCUGUGUUUGUGGGGACUGGUGAGAUUAAGGGUGAGCGUAGUCUGUGAAGUGCAGUCGCUCAGCGCCUUGCUGGAAUCGGUCCAUCUGACCCGCAGCUUCGCUGAGUCUCCUCAACAUCUGCAGAGUGUUGGGCUGGCCAAUCAGGGGCCACAGUUUAGAAGCGUAGUCAGCCUUUUCUUUCCAGGAUAGGUUAGGGAGGGGGGCAGCAGGGUGGAAGUUAGGCCAGAGUGGGGCGUGUCUGUGGCUGAAGGGGAAUCGGUGGGCUGCACGUAGGCAUAGAGGGUUGGUGGCAUAUGAGAUGGCGCCCCCUGCUGGACACUUCUGGGUGAUGCUGUGCCCGGCCUCCUGCCUGCCCCUCUUACGCGAGUUGUCCCAGUGGCGCUGCCUGCUGGGAUGGCCACGCCCACACAGGGUGAGUGGCACCCGGCCCAUCUGCCGUGCCACUCCUCUUCCUGGGAGAGGCUCCGCCCCCUCAUUCCGCGAGUAUGCCUCUGCUGGCUGCCUGCUGUCACUGCACCACAGUGAGAAGCCGGAGCACGAGGAGGUGUGUGAGUUUCGGCCGUACUCCUGCCCGUGUCCCGGGGCGUCCUGUAAGUGGCAGGGCUCGCUGGAGGCGGUGAUGCCCCACCUGAUGCACGCCCACAAGUCCAUCACCACGCUGCAGGGCGAGGACAUCGUGUUCCUGGCCACGGACAUCGACCUGCCGGGGGCGGUGGACUGGGUGAUGAUGCAGUCCUGCUUCGGCUUCCACUUCAUGCUGGUGCUGGAGAAGCAGGAGAAGUACGAGGGCCACCAGCAGUUCUUUGCCAUCGUGCUGCUCAUCGGCACGCGCAAGCAGGCCGAGAACUUCGCCUAUCGUCUGGAGCUCAACGGCAACCGCCGCCGCCUCACCUGGGAGGCCACGCCCCGCUCCAUCCACGACGGCGUGGCCGCCGCCAUCAUGAACAGCGACUGCCUGGUGUUCGACACCUCCAUCGCCCACCUCUUCGCCGACAACGGAAACCUGGGGAUCAACGUCACCAUCUCCAUGUGCUGAGAGGCGGGGUUUGGCGGGUUUGUGUGCUGAGAGGCGGGGUUUGGCGGGUUUGUGUGCUGAGAGGCGGGGUUUGGCGGGUUUGUGUGCUGAGUGGCGAGGUUUGGCGGGUUCGUGUGCUGAGUGGCGAGAUUUGGCGGGUUUGUGCGCUGAGUGGCGGGGUUUGGCGGCUCCUCUGGAGUUUGGGGUGCCGUACAGAAGAGUGGGUGGGGUCGGAUGAGAGCGGAGGUCAGAUUUGUGUGUCUGUGUUUGUUCCUGGGGCCAGUCCCCCCCCCCUCACUGAGGCCUGGCCCGGUGCAGGAACAUGGCCCCUGGGGGAGUGAGUGCCUGGAGGACAGACGGGCCUAUGGGUGGACAGGUGUGGAUUCGGGGCAUGGCCAGUUCCAGGUGUGUCCUGGGCAUUGUGCCCCCGUUGGCUUGGGCGCGUAUUCAGGAGGGGGCUGAGGUGUGCUGGGAUGUCCUGACUCACCUGCAUCUGAAAGUAGCCCUGUGUGUAUGUGUGUGUGUGUGUGUGUGCGUGUGUGUGUAUCAGCAAGUACCAUGAAGUACGGUAUGUGCAGAAAAAGUACACUGGGCAUUAGUUCAACAAUCAGCAUAGAAAUUAUGCCACUUUGACCCUAUAAUGACAAUGAAUUAGCUGAUUUCCAAGUCUGUUAAAUACUGUAGUGGAUAUUCUGAUGAUGACGAUGAGGGUCCAGUGCCUUGUAUGUAGGGCUGCAUGUUGGUUAUGAAGGCUGUGAAAAGACUGCAUGUCUGGGAAGAGAAACAGUGGAAGGGCGUUUUUACCUGAGUGGUUUCUGACGUGUCACCUGGCUGCCCACACGGAACGGAAACGUCUUAAGAUCGGAUUUACAGUCUAACCCUGACCCUAACCUGCCGAAGACUUCAGAUUAUCAGGUCAACUCGGAACUGUGAGAGAAAGAAGAGCUGCAUUUGAUGGGUCUUCACAGAGAUGGAUCCUCACAGAGAUGGGUCUUCACAGACAUGGGUCUUCACAGAGAUGGAUCCUCACAGAGAUGGGUCUUCACAUAGAUGGGUCUUCACUGAGAUGGGUCCUCACAGAGAUGGGUCUUCACAGACAUGGGUCUUCACAGAGAUGGAUCCUCACAUAGAUGGGUCUUCACAGAGAUGGGUCCUCACAGAGAUGGGUCUUCACAGACAUGGGUCUUCACAGAGAUGGGUCCUCACAGACAUGGGUCCUCACAGACAUGGGUCCUCACAGAGAUGGGUCCUCACAGAGAUGGGUCUUCACAGAGAUGGGUCCUCACAGAGAUGGGUCUUCACAGAGGAACACAUGAGAAAACAGAAUAAUGUUGAGUGAAAAUACAAAGGUCUGAAUGUCUUAAUUAUUCUGUACAUUGAGCUCUUGUCCUCACUUUGUAUUUUACCAAACACAGGUAAUGAAAACGUGUAGUGUGUGUGUGUGUGGAUGUGUGUGUAAAUGCAUUUCAUUGAAUGGAUGUGUGUGACCGCUUUCUUGCCUAACUUUUCCUUCUUUUAAAAUGGGGGCAGUUGGUAAAAACAGCAGGGACUGAGCAGUUGCUCCCCUCACACUGACAGGAAGUUGUUAGAGUUCACACUGUGAUUACUUCCUGUUUCCAGUGCUGGUCCUGGGCACUGAGUUAGUUUUUAUUUCCACACAGGUCACCCUCUCCUGCCUUUUUACUGCUUCAGGAAAUCCCACCUGGGUUUCAGCGGACAUCUUAAGCGAAACACAUUUUGUAAAUGUAUGUAAUGCUGAUCCUGACAGGACUGUGUAACACCCAGAUUUCUACAGUUUGUAAAAGCUGCUGAGGAUCUUUUCAUUUCCUCCUGUUGGUCAGUAGCCCAUUAAGCCUUACUUACCUGUACAGGUAUAAACAGCUCUGCACUUUGGACCGACAGCUUCUGAGCAGGUCAGGUCACCCAGGUGCAGUGUUCUGAAGGGAAUCUGCGGAUCCCCAGGUGAAAUGCAUUGUGGGGGAAAACACGCUCUUAGGUGACUCUAUAAUGCUCACCUUACUGAGCCCAAACCCCACCUCCUGUACAGUACAACACAAACCUACCGUAAACAAAACUCUGAAAUACCUCUGAUCAUGGACACGUCUGUACUGGGACUGAUGGAGUUCAGCAGGACUCCAGGUCCUGCCCGUUAUGGAGCUGAUCUCCCCUCUGUGGAAGGUGCCUGUUCCAACAUUUUAUUUUAUAAAUGACUAUAAAAUAUGAUUAACAUUUAUACAGUAUAUUUCAACAGAAUUGUACACAAAAAUAUCUUUGUGUUAUUUUAAGUCAUUAUUUGUCAGUGACUUUCCUACCUGCACACACACCUCAGAUUCCCAUGCGAGCAGCGUUUCUUCAGUGGGAAACGCUGCAGAAUCACCAGGCUGUUUAACGAAGAACUGAGUCGUUAAGUGAUCUGCAUAAACAGGUGCUUCUCUCAGAACGUUUUCGUCCACAUGAACAGCAGCCCCCACCCACAGUCCCGGUUUCUCUUCAGUAACGAGUGACCUGGACAAAGUGUGUGUGCUGAAUCUGAUGUUCCGGGGACACGGGGUGUGUGAAGUGUAUUCGGGAGUGGACUGUUGUUCCGGGGACACUGGGUGUAUGAAGUGUAUUCGGAACUGGACCUGCUGCGGGGUUGCCCCUUGGUGUGCGAAGAGAAGCCGGCUGAUCACUGCGGGAUGUUGCCGCUCAUCAAAGCAGGCUUUCAGGACUCCGUUCCUCACCCUGCUGAAUUCCAGAGCCACACCUCACUGGCUCUAUUACACAAAAUUUGUUUAAAAAAAAAACAAAAAAAAAAAACAGCCUUCCGUGUUCAAUUGGCAAAUGGCAGAAAUACUCUUCAUGAUUUCUGUAUGACCCACUCCAUUGUGCCCUGACCAAUGUUUAAUGUUCAUUUGAAGAGGGGAAGAAAGUGCUGUAGCUAUGAGGUCAGAUUGUGUAACUGCUCCUUAGCCGAGCCCUGCCUAACAUAAACGCACUUCAGCCGAGAGAUGUGGGCUUAAAAAAAAAGGAACACAACAAAAGCAGUUGUAUGACAUGCGUCGAGAAAGACUUGUAUCUGUGUAUCGCAUUAUUUGCAAAAUCGAUUGUGAUCAAUUUAUGAUCAAAGCAUCUUCUUGGAUCUGGUCCUCUGUUUGUCAGUGUUGUAAGUAUACGUAAUCAUGGUUUCUGUGGCAAUUCAUCAUUGAUUGUAAUUAUGAGUAUUUACAAUUCUGUAUGUGUACAUUGUAAAUGUUAUAUUUACAAUAUUAUAAUUUUCCCUUGUUGAUGUAUAUAAAAGUGCUUUUUGGAAAUACGUGGAUAAGCAGAUGGAGAUAUUUGAUGACACAGGAGUGUAUAACCACACACGUCAUUAAUUUUAAUUAAGUCCCAAAGGAUGUGUGUUUGAUUAGUUGCUGCUGCUUAUGAAGAGCUGGGGUUAUACCUCAGUCGAUAAAUACGGAUGUCAAGGUUGAUAAUUUCCAGCAAAUAAGGAUACAAAAGCUCAGCAGUUUUUAACUUGAUCACUAGUGAAAUAAGUCUCUGUCUCAUCGCUCUCUAGCGACCCCUGCUGGUCAUCCAGGUGCUGCGGUCUCUUUGCUGAAACACACGAGUCUUCCUGUAUUGGCGUCUGUGCAGCCGGGCUCGUGGGUGGCAGUGUGAAAAGAAGCCGCUGGCGACGCGGCUGGCGUUAUCGCGCGCUUCAGCGCUGAGCGUGGAGCGUGUCUGUCAGCGCUGAGCGUGGAGCGUGUCCGUCAGCGCUGAGCGUGGAGCGUGUCUGUCAGCGCUGAGCGUGGAGCGUGUCUGUCAGCAGUCCGAUAUCCGCCACGCGGACUGCAGCGCGAGCGAGUACAGCCGCCACUUCCAUACCGGGCAGAAAAAUGAGGGGAAAUCAGAGAAUGUAUAAACCAAUAAAUUAUAUUUACCUUUUUAGAUGUCACCAAUUUUAUAAUAUGGGAUUUUAAACACAUCCUUCUGCUGUAAAAUUUAAGACGCACUUACCCAGCAAGAUUAGUGUUUUUAUGAUCUGUAACUUUUGUACCCGACACAGCUGAGACGGCUCCCCUUCAUAGGUUCAGAGCUCCUGCUCCUCCUCAUUCGACUGCAGGUGUGAGCUGUGGGGGGAUUAGGGGGACCGGUGGCCGUGGUUUGAAGGUUUAAACUGAGAAUAAUCGCCUCCUUUUCUACUCUAUUCUCCCGUUUCUACAUUUUCAGACACUAUCAUUUUACAAUGAUCCACCCCAUUCUCCUUUGAAAAGUCUGAAAUAUAUUUGAUGCUAAUUUAAUUUAUUAAUUACUAAAUUGUGUUUGUGCAGGUUUUCUUUGCUCUCUGCUAGAUAACUGACAGUACUGACGUGGCUUUGAGAUUGAUUCAGUGUAAUGUUAGUAAUGGAGAUAAGUUGCUGUUGAAUCCCUGUUGAGCAGGUGUUUGUGUUGUACGUGUCUUUGUUUGGUAUAAUGUGCCCAAUUUCCGUUCAUGCAAGUGUAUUACAUUUAUGUGUUUGUUAGACGUGAAAUAAUUAGUGGUAGAAUAUUUUGUUUGAUGUUAACUGUAAUUUAAGUUUUUCAGAUUUUUUCCCCCAAAGAACACUUAUUUGAAGAGCGCAAAGAAUUAUUCUCUUGUAAUACCCAUAGGAAAAAAAACUAAUUUUGGUCUUUAUCUCUUGCAGUUCAAUUAAAUACAGUUUAUACA